UAUGAGUUAAGGGCGGGCGGCCACGUGGUGUUGUAUCGGUGUAGAGUGGAAUGGGGUAGGGCAGGUCGGAUGGGGUGUCUGGGUGGAUCGAUGGCGACGGCAGCGGCACGGCGGGCCGGGCAGGCGGGCAGUGCCGCGGCGGACGCGGGCAGAGCGGCGCGGUCGCGGUACGGUGUCGCGCGUCCGGCACGUCGGGCACGUGCGCGCCCGCCACGCGCCGCCCGCGCACUCCUCUCAGACAUGGACGCGCUCUCCGAUGACGACGAAUACACACGUCGGGACCCGCAGAUUAGUAGUUUGGUGGCGACACGAGGCGACGCUUCCGGCGCUGCCGUGCAGCGCGUGGGCGCAGCCGUGUGUUGCGCGGUCGAGCGCUUUGUGGCCGUGGGAGAGACCAUCGCGGACGACAACCCGGACGUACGCCACAGCAUGGUCCUGGCGUGCAAGGAGGCGCGAGCCGCAGGUCGUGCGAUCGAGCGGGUGUGUGCGGGCGCCGACGGCGCAGGCAUGGUGUCGGCGGCGCGGGCGCUGCUGGCGGCGGUCACGCGCGUACUGCUGCUCGCCGACAUGGUGGUCGUGCGACAGCUGCUGCUAGCCAAGGACAAGGUCGCGCGCUCGCUGGACCGGCUCGAGUCCGUGUCCAACUUUGCGGAGUUCGUGCGUGCCUUCACCGAGUUCGGCGGCGGGAUGGUGGAGCUGGCCAGGCUGACGGCGGAGCGGAGAGCGGACCUGAGAGACGAGCGGCGGAGAGCACAGGUCGCCGCCGCGAGGAACGUACUGGAACGAUCUACGCUUAUGCUACUUACCUCAUCCAAAACUUGCCUUAGGCACCCCGGGAGUGCCAGCGCGCGGGAGAACCGCGACACCGUGUUCUGCCAGAUGCGGCGCGCCAUGGACCUCAUCCACUACGUGGUGCGCGACGGACUGCCCGGCCACGACGACCACUCGCACGAGGCUGCGCAAUGGGAAGCAGGUACGGCGUUAGGCUCGCUUCGGGGGCUGACGUCACAAGUCCGGGCGGCGCGCGCUCGCGGCGGCGCGGACGCCCCGCGGCGGCGUGCGCUCGCGUCGACGCUGCGCGCGCUGGUCGAGCGCACGCACGACUUCACGGAUUCCGCCUACACGUCGCACAACCACCGGCAGCGGAUACUGGCGCUCGCCGAGCGGAUAGCGUACGAGCUGGAGAGGCUCGUCGCCGUUGCUGUCUCAAUGGAGGAGCAAGGCGCGACGGGCAGCGGCGCGGCGCUCGAGAGCGCGAGCGUGGGCGCAGCAAGCGCGGCGGCCGAGCUCGAGCGGGCGCUGGUGGAGGCGGCGCGGGACCAGGCGCGCGACCUGGGCCCGCUCGCCGACGACGCGAGGAGGCUAGCCUCCGACCUUGCACACAUAGCUAGUUCCUGUGGUGAGAGAGAAUCAGAGAGACUGCACAAUAUAGCCAGCCGGCUCCACGAACAAUUAGAUCACAUAAUAGAGGUAUGCAAAUUACUUAGGCACAUAGCAAUGUCAGAGACGUUGCAAGUGAGCGCGAAGUUUGCAGAGAUUAACCUGAGGAUAUACGGGCCACAAGUGGUGACGGCUGCGAGGACAUUGGCCGCACACCCAGGCAGCGCAGCGGCGCGGGAGAACCUCGACGUAUUUGUGGACAUGUGGGCGUGGCUGCUAGCAGACGCGGCGCGGCUCGCGCGCGAGCUACUCGACCUGACGGGCGAGCGGCAAGACAAGCAGCAGUAUAGCAGUUUGCCUAGGCCAGGGAAACAUGGAACGACGAGUAAACCGUUAAAAGCAGUCAAAUUAGACUCUGAAGAACAAGCGAAAAUCGCCAAGUCAGGAUUGGAGAUGAAAAUGAUGUCGUCGGAGAUGGACGCGGAGACUGAGAAGUGGCAGGGGGCUGCUGCCGAUGAGAACAACGACAUUGUGAAGAGGGCAAAAAAUAUGUCUUCCAUGGCCUUCGCUAUGUAUCAGUUUACAAAAGGCGAGGGCCGUUUAAACACUACCCAAGACCUCUUCACGCAAGCGGAGUACUUCGCCGAGGAAGCGAAUAGACUGUAUAAAAUAAUACGACAAUUCUCAUACCAGGUACCAGCAGGUACAACGAAAAAAGAAUUGUUGGAACAACUAGAUAAAGUCCCCACGUACGUGCAGCAACUACAAUUUACAGUAAAAGAGCCGACAGUAGGGCGCGCAGCCACCUUCAGUAAGGUCGACAACGUCAUUCAGGAAACUAAACACCUUAUGAACGUCAUAAGUAAAGUCGUCACUACAUGUUUCGACUGCGCCAACAAGUACAAACUGGACUUCACGGGGCUGACGGCGGGCGAGGCGGUGCGCGGGCGCGGCGCGGCGCGCGACGAGGACCCGGCGGGCGGCGGCGGCGGCGACGCCAAGCCGGGCGGCAGCUCGGGCGACACGGCCAUGUGACAGUACGGCAUGGGCCGGCGCGGCAAGGGCGACGCGCGCCGGACCAGGGUCAGCUUCCUCUUGUUUUAAAGACUGCGUCUCUAAAACGAACGUCGCCUACGGUCGGCUGGAUCGCUCUCUUGCGGUUACAUCGCUCUCGUGAAAGAUGAACCGGUGAUGGACGUAUAGAUUUUGAUGUCGGUGAUUACUAACGAGUUAUGCCGCUUAGAUAUCUCCCUCGAAAUUUUACAUUCGCAAUGUUCGUAUUCGUAGUAGUUUUUCGCUAGAUACUAUUUCUAAUACUCUAUCAUAGUAUUUUCUGAUAUCUUUGAAAUUUAAAGAAUAGAUUUACUUAUGUAUUUUAUGAAUCUCUCUAACCGGAUCUUAGAAGAUCCAUCCGAGUGGUGGUAGAGAGAAUCGAGUUGAGUAUUAGUCGUACAACGAAAUAUAAACGAAGCGAUGCGUCCGCAAUAUAGUUUGUAUCCUGGAAGAUCACAUGGAUCAGCGUCUACUAUCGAUGUAGCCUUGUAGCGCUGUAUGCAUGUGAUUUUACACUCCGACUCUGAAAGCUGUCAACCGUUUAACAGUAGGUUGACGAUACGAACCGAUAUCGUGACUGUUCGAUGGUUGGCAUCUAUAUUUAAUGUAAGAUGGACAGUACGAUAAAUUUAAAGUAUUUACGGAAAUAAGUUUUGGCUAAUCACUUGCGACACACAAGCGCGCCCUCUCGCGGACUUGAGGUCUAUUCUCUUCUAGUUAAACUAGGUAGUUAGUACAUAUAGCAACAAGUAGGUAGCGAGCGCGCGGUCGCGACGCAUUUGGCUGUGCAAAAAUAAUAAUCUACUAAGUAUUGUGUUCUACAGCAAUUUCUAACUGUAUUCGUAGACUAGGGAUCAGGCAUUAAAGAUAUCGACAUUACAUGCAGUUGUUACAAUCGUUACGAAUUUUAUCUUUAUUACUAUUUUGUGAUCGGUAAGAAAAGAGUGAAAUCGUACAAUAAAUACUUGUUAACUACACACUCAUAAAUAAUGUUACACUAUCUACCUAGUUAAAUAAAAUACGUAUGUAUACAAUAACACUGAAUAAUAAGUACAAAGUAUUUCCUAUUUCUUUAUGUUUCCCUUUCUUAAGCUUAUCUAAGUAUGUACCUUACCUUUCUUAUACCUUUUAUCUACCUACUUGUAUUUUAAUCUAUGGUCAUUUUCCUGUAUAUAUUACCUCACACCCCGGAUUGUUUGUCUUUACGCUAUUUGUCUUUCCUACUUGCACCCUUCUGCACCUUCCGUGGUCCUGUUGCACAUUUUAUUUAUGCACGUUUGGCUUCCUUCAUUACUUUGGCAUCAGAUCAGACGCUCUUCCUAACGUCACGUCAAUGAAUAUUUACAUCUUCAGAACGACACAGCGUCACUCGCAUUCGAUGUUUACGCAUAACUAGCAGUUUCUCUUUCAACGAGUUCGUGUACAUACGUAGGUAUAUUAGUUCGGUUGAUGUCUUCAAUUCUGCGUCGUCCGGAUGGCGACUUUUGCAUGAUUGUGAAACGGAUCAAAUAGAUGUGUGUUGCAUGUGUGUACGUGAUUAUUGUAUUGAAUGUCGUACUUCAUCUUUCCGACGGGGGAUGUUAAGUAAUAAGAUAAGGGAACUUGACUCUGGUUGCUAAGAAGCAGCACCUACGUCGCCGAAACGCAUGGUGUUAUAUAGACCUUGUCUUCGCAGGUGGCAGCACUUGCUGCAUGCUAAAAGGCACAGAAUACACGUUGACUCAUCUUUUCACGUUGAUAAACCAAUUUGCUUGGUGACUCCGCGUGUAUAAGCGGUGCGCCGCUCCGUGUGUUCUGCGCCUAAGCUAACAUCAUAUCGCCGGCAUGACGCCACAGACCAUAUCUGCAUUGUCGCUGAUUAAUAAUCAAUCGUUACGGCAAUAAUCAACAUAUCAAUUUAAUUAGAUUUAUCGAUUGUUACCGAAAAACGACGGGGUCGUUAUUUAGUAUUUAGGUGUUUUUGGGGGCUAGAUUACAAUAGCUGGUAUUACCAAAGCGUCAGAGACGAUUCAUUUGAUAAGUAAUUUAAAGUAUUUCCUGUAGUAGGUGCUGGCUAUGCUUACAAUAAACGUGUAUAUAUUUUUGAAGAGUCAUUGUUAAUAGUGCACGAUCGGCCUAUGUUUCGAAGCGUUUAGUUUAGGAUAGGCAUCAAUGUGAUUGUCUUGCCAUAUCACGUUUCGAGUGUUGCCAACUGUCAAUUAUUUUGGUGGGAGUAGUGUAGGUACAUGCUUUCUGACAGCUCUCGCCUCUCCGUGCUCUCACCUGUUCACGGUCUAUAUAACACUUCGCAUGUUUCAUACACCUACUUUUAGCAUUUACUCUUUAAUUCUACGUGAAUGAUGUCGACUUUCUAUAAUUUGUAAUGUUAUAGUAGGUACCUAUUAUAUUAUUGUUAAACUGUAACGACUACUCUUAAAUCUUAUUGCCUUCAACAAUAAUUUUACCGUUAUAUGUACUUACUAGACUCCUGUUAAGAUACUUAAAGCUCUGAAAUUAGGAUAGUGAUAUGCUAACAAUAUUCGAGUUAAUGUAAAGAGCUUGACAAAGCUUUAUAAUGAAGAGUUGUGAAUCGAACUUGUGGCCACGUAUCUAGAUUCAAAGAUUAGUAUAAGGCGAGGCCGUACAGCCCGAUGCGAGGAUCGGAUGGUUGCGUUGGUCCUCUAGUUGUAUAUAUUUGCACAAGCAUCGAUAUAUUUGGUUACAUUUGUGCAUAUUGCAUGAAUGUGUGAUGAACUGAAGUUUGAUUUUAACCGUAGAUAUAUCUACAUAACUACAGCAAAUCGGCCCAAACGCUCAUGGAUCACGUACAGUUGGAGUUUAUUCCAAAUGGCUGUUUUCCAGCAUGGCUAUGUUAUGAUUUGUGAUGAUAAAACGGAAAACACAUAGUUACAUAACGCUUUUAUUUUCAAACACUAAAGCCCCUUGGGACAUCACUAGCUAUGACACGCUUAGCUUUUAUACAUUUCACAAUUCAUGCGACAUGUCUUUAGACAUGCACCCUAAUACAAUGUCCUAAACUAUGGAAGUUUAAGUACCAACUGGAUGGGCAGACGCAAUUUCCUCUUCAUCGCAUCUGGCCAGUGCCCUCGCGUGCCGCUUUGACUGUUCAGUAAUUACGUACCUAUAUAAUAAGCGUUCACCGCGAGCCGUGGACUACGAUAUAGGUAAUUAGUACACUUAGAUACUCAGCUAGCGACGUUAUAAUAGGUAUCAUACGUGCUUUCACUUCAGAACGAUAGCCGUUAUUGAUCAACUCUACGUCCUAAUGCGUGAAGAUAAUACCAUAGCCAAUUAAGUAAUAAGGAGAAGUCAUAUAGGUUAUUAUUACAGAUUGCGCAGCAUCAGUGACAGUGCGGUUUGCCCUUUGCUUACAUCGUAGCGCAAACUAUUUAAUAUUUUAUGUAAAGGACCUCACUAUACUCGUAGUGAGUAGCUCGCUAAAGUGAUGCCAUCUACAACAUUGAUGACGGUCUACAAUUUUGUAAACUCCAUAAAUGUUCAUUAUCAUUUACUUGGCUCUGGUAAAAACAAAGCACAGGUACCUAUGAACAGUGACCAAAAUCACCACGGCAAUCUUAUGAAACAUUGGUACGACGUGUAGAAUAAGUAGAAACCUUUAUUUUAUUAUACAUACAAACAUGUUCUUCGGCUGUUUAAAAGCGUAUAUCAACUGAAACUUAUAUUUGAAACAUGAAAAAUCAAUAAAUAAAAUGUUUAAAUAUUAUAUUCUGACCUUAAAUAGCAUCGUUUGUAGAUAAAUAGCAUCGUCUGAUUAAUACAAAAUUAAUUUAAGAAAUAAAAUGUCGACACAUUCGUAUUUUCUACAUUUAUCUCUCAUUAAAAAAAAGAAACACGUAAAGGUCAGACUAAUACAACAGCUUUUACUUAGUUUUUAAAUGAGUAACAUGAUUGUUACAAAUUAUCCCCACCUACAAACGCUUGUAUAAAAAAUAAAAACUAAUACAAUAAACUAAUCAAGUGCUCAUAUUAAUGUAAUAAUGUAUUACAUGAUUUCGCAUUUUUCAUCAGAGCAAUGUAAAAUCCUCCUAACAAAAGUAGUAUUAUACAAUAGGGUAUCAACAUAAUCAUAAAAAGCUACACUACACACACGUGCCUCGGUAGACACCUACGUAAUGUAGGCCCUACUCGCGUUAAUGGUGACGGUAAGGUACCGAGCGGCCUCUAGGAGUACCAUUUUUUUAGAUUUAAAGCGAUGUAGUGCUAAAAUCAAAGAAAAAUCAUAUUAUAAAAACAGUUUCAGUAAAUGGCGACACUCUCGACUAUCAUGUACCUAUAGGUAUCUCAAAGCCCCUCUCUAAGUGCUAAAGGAUAUCCGCACUUGGAUUAUGUCUAUCCAAUCACAAUUGGGGACUUUAUUGAGACAAAAAAUACAAACUAAACAAUAAAUCCAAUACCUGAUGUUCAUAGUACUAUAAGUACUAAGAAGACGUUGUACAAUCUCAAAAUAUUUUUUUAAAAGGAACAUAUGUACAGACACUUAUAUAAUGCUAUUUCUUGACAGUUUGGGAUUUUUUUCACAACCUGUAAUUUAUAUUUGAAAAUAAUUUUCAAAAAAAUGUUUUAUCUAAUCAAAUCAUUAGAUUAGAUUAAUUGGAAUUGUACAGAGAGGAAAUUUUUGCGGUGCUACGCCUUUGCACGCCAUAUACUUACACAGAGAAACUGAUAUUUUCACGAUAAUAUUUUUUUAUUGAUUUAAGCACUAUAUUCAUUUCUCAAUAUAUCUGCUAGUUGUCACUUCACCUCACUCAGAAGCAUUCAACUCGAUACAAUAAAUUGACUUCCAUCACAUUAUAAUAUUAAAUUCAAUCACUUAUUUCACAAAGGAGCUAAUGUAUGGGCCAUUUGUAAAAUAAUUAAUUGACUCGAUUAGUGGUUAUAUAGAUAAUAAUAGACAAAUAGAAUAACAAGAUACAUGAGAUAAUUUGUGAUACUUGACAUUUAGUGCAACGUCCUGUAUAAUUUUCAAUAUGUAGUUUUUAAAAUAAAUGGACAACAAGAACACCAAACUUAUUUAAUUGUACCACGUAGUUAUAUUUAGAAAUGGAAUAGUUUGGGACGGUGGUUCAAGUAAAGUGAUGGAUUCCCUUUCUUAUAUCAACUGUCUUAAUUAAAACCAAUAUGACAGUAGCUAAACCAUUAAAGAAUAUUUGAUAAUUUAAUGAUAGCGAAUGCUUAAUGCAAUGAGCUUCCUAAAUCUUUCAAUACAAACGAAAUUAUAAAAUUUCCAUGUUAUUUGACCCAUUUUGAAAUCCUAGGUGGAGUCCCAAAGUCGGAACAUAAAUGAACCAAAGUGUAGGACUUAGUUUAAUAAAUGUUUAGCCUAAUAAAACAAAAUGCUAUAAUGAAUAAGGUGCAAAGUACCUAUCUAAUGAUAUAUUUCGGCAUUCUCUUACAUGUAAUGUAUAAAUGGUGACCCUGAAGGAGUAAAACCCCGAUAAGUAACUGUGUAAAUUAAAACAUUUUAGUUAUUAUCAUGUGUCGUCGGAUAUUUCGAAAUCAAUUUGAUGUAACUAUAUUAAGUGUAUAAUAAAGAUUGAACCUAUUGUCAUGAAACUGUUGUGAUUGUUAUAUAUUUGAAGUUGCAUUUUCAUUAAAGUAAUUAGAAGUAUAUUUUCCAUAGUGCUGCCAAAAUAUUAAUGAUAUACUAGAUGUAGUCAUGUUGUUUACAUAACGGAAUAUUUUGAGGUUCGUGAAUUUAUGGAAUGUAUUUUGAUGUGAUCGAGGAAUGUAUAACACUGUGUACGUGAUCUAAUACAUCACUAAUUAAAAACAAAUUCAUACGAAUACAA